AUGAGACCAACUGUAUUCUUCACGUUCAUAGUUGUAGCAACUGUUUUACAAAGUGAUAUAAUUCUAGGAAAACAGGAUUUUCUGAUAGAAGAAGACGCGAGGCUGGACUUCAUGGGUCUAGCGACGAAGUAUGGCCACCCAGCGAUACGACACGAGGUGACCACAGAUGAUGGAUACAUUCUAACACUCUUCCACAUUCCUGGCAGAAGCAAACUACCUGUCCUUCUUAUGCAUGGUUUUCUGGACACAGCAGAUACUUUUUUAUUGAGAGGAAAUGAUUCAAUGGGGAUCGCCUUAGCUAAUGCCGGCUACGACCUAUGGUUCGGUAACUGUAGAGGCAACAGAUACUCACGGAGACAUCGAGAUCUUGAUCCAAACAGAGAUAGCAGUUAUUGGAGCUUCACUUUUCAUGAAAUGGGAUAUUACGACCUUCCAGCUCUCAUAGAUAGAGUUUUAAAUGAGACUGCAGCUCCGAGCCUCACAACAAUCGGUCACUCACAAGGGACCACCAUCUUCUUCGUCCUGGGCUCCACGAGACCGGAGUACAACUCCAAGAUUAACGUCUUCAUAGCUCUUGCUCCCGUGGUCUAUCUACAACAUUUACCUCUCCCUUUUCAAACGAUUUUAAAUUCACUGCCCGUAAUAUACAAAAUACUAGCGAGUGCAAAUAUACAGGUGAAUGAAUUCUUUGGAUACGACAGUGUCGCCACCAUAUUUCUCAGAACUUUCUGUCCACAGAACUUUAUAAGCUCUCAAUUUUGCUUAAACAAUAUAUUAUAUCCUAUACUAGGUUUUGACCCGUUUACAUUUGAUCAAAGAUUCUUACGUAUAUUUUUCUACCACUAUCCUGCUGGGGCCUCUUGGAGAGAUCCUUUACAUUUUACUCAGAUAAGUAAAAGCGGAAUAUUCAGACGUUACGAUUUCGGAAAUGAUAAAAAUAUGUUAAUGUACAAUUCCACAAGUCCGCCAUUGUACCAGCUGAACAGAGUCACAAUGCCAGUGGCUUUGAUAGUUGCUAGGAAUGAUCCUAUUUCAACACUGAGUAAUGUUGAUCUAUUAAAACAUCAACUACCGAACGUUGCUGAUUAUGUUGUGGUCCCGUGGAUACUUUUCAGUCACGGUGACUUUGUGUGGUCGCAAUCAGCGCCAAUACAUUUAUUUCCUCAAAUAAAACGUGUACUGUUACGUUUCAAUCCAAUAUAA